AAAGCGAACGGCCAAGCAGUUCUGCUGUGUUCCUCAGUGCGUGUCAGCAAGAUGGAAAGACAGCAACAUUUCCUUUCACGCAUUUCCCUCCGAACGGAAAGACCGAAGCCGCAGAACGAAGUGGAUCACGAACCUCCGCAUCGGCAAGGCUGUGACGCCGACAAUGACUGUGUGCUCACGGCAUUUUGCACGGGAUAAUUUCUCCUUACCAGAUGUUGCAUGUCAAAGGCGGCGACUGAUAAGAAAUGCAGUACCCACUGAAAACCUACCAAAAACGUCAUGCUAUGAUGAAAAAAAGGAUGCUCGUUUGAAAGAUAUUUCACUGGCACGACUUCGCCGACGUGCAUGUCGGUCAGCCAGAGUAAGUUAAUUUGACUACAUAGUGCAGCACUUAUAUGCUCAUGGUACAUACACCAUGGCUACAAGCAUGCAAUAAAUAAUGUCAACACUUUUUAAUGCAUUACAGCACGAAUCAAGCAAACAGACUGCGUCCUCCCCAUUGGAAGCAAAGGCGUUGCCCCAUGCGCCCGUCAGGACGACCACCAUGGUAAAUUGGCUGCCUGCAACUUGUGCACACAUUGCUUAACCACUGGUUCCUUGGAAUUAAACUCUGUUUGACAUUGCAGGACAAUCUCGCAUCCCCUGACGGCUACAGCAUGGUCAAAAUAAGUGAAAAAGAAAAUAUGGACGAUCUCCCAUCCCCUAGCAGUGUGGACCAAAGCCUUGAAAACACAAUAAGUGACAAGGACAUAGCAAAUAUGGAAUGCACUUGCCAACCUGGCCCCCGGACAUUAAUGGGAGAAUAUUCCAGAGAAGAAAAAGAUGUGGCAAAUUUCCUCUUAGAAAUGGCUUCAGGGGCAAGGCUUACAGAAAGCAAGGCUGUCCAAGUGACAUCAGGUUCUUUUCCACAGAAGUUUGUGGACACUAUAAAUAAUAGCAAUGUAAAUACGUUCACAGGCCUGCCAUCAAUCGAUGUUCUGAAUGCUCUUGUAACGUGCUACAAAAAAAUUCAUUCACUUUCAGGGCGGCACCAGUUAUGUGCAAAAGAAAGAAUUGCAUUGACAUUGGUGAAAUUGAAACAUAAUAUUUCCACUGCAUUCUUGAGUCACCUUUUUAACUGUUCCUUAACUACAUGUAGCAACAUAAUUGCAGAGACUGUUCAGCUGAUGUCUGAAAUUUUAAAGGUAACUGUGGCUGUGCCACCAAAAGAAGAUGUUGUUGAACAUUUGCCCAUCUGUUUUAAACACUUUAGUAAUGUGCGUGUCAUUGUAGAUUGCACCGAAAUUCCUAUUGGGCAGCCCAACUGUUUGCGAUGUGCAUUACAAACCUACUCCUUCUAUAAGAAAGGUUUCACGGUUAAAUAUAUGGUGACUGUUACACCAAGUGGCCUUAUUGCCCACAUAAGCCAAGGUUAUGGAGGCCGCACCUCAGAUAAGGCUGUUUUUGAGCAAAGCGGCCUCAUCAAGCAGCUAGACCCAAUAUCAGAUGCCAUAAUGGCAGACCGUGGCUUUCUUAUCGAUGACAUUUGUGCGGAUCACUUAAUUGAGUUAAUCAGGCCUCCAUUCAAAAAACAAAAGCAGAUGUCAAAGGGCGAUGCACUUAGGACACAGAAGAUAGCAUCAGCAAGAGUUCAUGUAGAGCGUGCUAUACAGCGAAUGAAAAUUUUCAAAGUGUUGUCAACAAGAAUCCCAUGGAGCAUGGUGGGACUACUUGACGACAUUGUUAUAAUAGCUGCAGGCAUCACAAACCUCUCAUCACCGAUAUUAGCAACACAUCGAUUUUUGUGAGUCCUGGAUCAAUAUAUUUCCCGAACAUAUGUGCAUCGUAAAAGUGGUUCGUGCUUUCCAUGCAAGGAAGUUUUAAAAACUUCACAUGAGUGGAAGUGCCAUGUUCCUUACCAGCAGAGGUGAAGCCAGCACUUGCCCUUAUUUUACACUUGAAAUAGACCUUUGUUGGGUUGUCCUCUCACAGAUCAAGUGGUUUGGCUCUGGUAAUGUAAUUGCGUGGCUAAUUAGAAACUAAAAGCAUGUUGUUCCUGUCAGAAGUAUCGUCUACCUCUGAGUAUUGAUUACAUUAUUUCUGAAACAAUUUACCAAGAAUUUCAGAUUUCAUCUUAAAACCAGUAACACUAUGAUACACGUCAGCCAGUCUCUGUAGCAAAAUAAGUCACGUUAAUGGGGUUGAGACAUCAAAUUUGUGGCUUGCGCGUUCUUUGUUUCAAACGUUUUCUUAUUGCUCUAGGAAGCAUGAUACAUGCUCGAAUAUUCUUAUAUUCUAAGUAAAUAAUUUAAUAUCGCAUUAUUUAUGUGAAAGAUUUUCAGUUUCGGUUUGUGGGCGCAGUGUUUGACAGUGAUGUCACUGUCUAGGAAGCUUGGUCACGUGGGUUCACCAAGCUGUGACGCACACACUGCUGCAUCGUCUGCUCUCGCACACACAUUCUGUAUCAGCGCAGGCAAACAAAACCACGCGGACAGUUGUCUUGGCUAGCUGCAGCAGCUCCAAUUACGACUCUACGUCUGACGCGGCUCAUUGCCCUCGAGGCUCUCUAGGCUUGCCUGGUGCUGUGGGUCACCACUCAUUGCAAGUCACUCUAAUGUGGUAUGAUGUCGCUAAAACUUUUGUUAUGCUUCCAACACAGUGACGUCCAUGUCAUUCGCGGUGGCGAUGGGUCUCAGUCACGAGAACGAGCAUUUAGGCACUCUUUGGAAGCUAAUUAAACUAUAUUUUAAACGUUUUCUGUGUCCAACACUUUAUGUCGAGUGUCCUUGCAUACAGAGGAAGCUUACAGUAUCAUUUUCAUAGACUCAAAAUUUGGUGUCUCAACCCCUUGAGACUAGCGGAAAGUGUGAGGAAAGCACUUCUUUUCCUUCAUUUAAAAGUAAUCUUUUAUAGUGCCCCUCCUAAAAUGGUGGUGUUGGUUCACUUUUGGCACAUAAA